ACCGUCAUUGUGCUAUAUUUGUUAUUUUCUUUUUUCAGAAGUCAACCUUUAUUAACGUGGGUCGUGGAAGUGUUGUGGACGAGGAUAGUUUAGUUAACGCCAUUGAGAAUCAAUGGAUAGCUGGUGCCGUUUUGGACGUAUUUGAGCCCGAACCGUUGUCACGUGACUGUAAACUUUGGUCCCUUCCCAAUGUGGUCAUCACCCCUCAUAUAUCCGGACCGUGUGUCACAGAGCCGGUGGCGAAAACCUUUACAAUGAAUUACGAAAAGUACCUAGCAGGAGAUACUUUGGACUACAUUGUCAAGUGGUCAAGUGGCUACUGAAUGAAGACAUGGUCACUAAUUGGAGACCGGAACGACAAUCAGGACUCGUGUCACAGCCUCAAUUGUAAAAGUCUGACCAGUAAACCUUACAGCGAUAUCGGGUAUUAGUGGGGGCGGUGUCACAGCCUCACACCUGUGUUAGUCUGACCAGUAAACCUUACAACGAUAUCGGGUAUUAGUGGGGAAGGUGUCACAGCCUCACACCUGUGUUAGUCUGACCAGUUAAUCCUUCUAGUGCUGUGUAUUUCAGGGUGUUAGUGAGGGGCGGAGGAGACUAUCAUAUUUUGCAUUUAUUUCCAAGGGUUUUAUCUUAAGCAGUAUUUUGUUAUAAGUUAUUCAUGAUAAAUACAAAUUAAAACUUGUUUUAAUGUAAUUUAUGCAGUCAGACUUACAUGCUUUUACGUAACUAUUUUUAUUUGCGGAAGGAGGUAUGUUGGGGUAUGAGUGAUGCGGUCCGACAGGUUACAUGCGCGCAUUGAUAUGUUGCUAUAAUUAGAUCACUAUAAAUACAAAUGACGCAGCAGCUCCUAUUCAGAAGCUGAUAAAAGAAAAUGGCGGAACAAGGUUCGUACGGUCAAGGUCAAUUUUAUUUCAACUUGUAAAGUUUUGUAUUGUUUUAUCUGAUCACAGAUUUUAGUAUAUACAAGAUAA